CACAAAUAUCCCACUAGCUUCUGCCAUAUCACGCCACUCCCGAUCAAAUCCGUGCACGCAAUCUGAUCGUAACACCACCGCUAGAGGUACCACCUGAUGAAUAGCUGUCAUAUCAGAGAUGGAAAGACCGAGAGACUAUAAUAAAGCCGUCUGCCUCUGUAUGGGAAUCGUAACAGCUAGUUACCUCUCCUUUAGUCUCGUUGUGUACCGGUGGUGCGGUCAAUGGGUCGCCUCACCGGGUCUGCUGGUGAUGUCGUGAAGAAAGUUGCCUACGGUAUCGGUAUCACGGGGCUACUUGUCAGUGGUUGUCUCUAUAUACACGUGGCGGCGAAGCAUCUCUUUGUGCGCAUCCUGCGUAACUUCAAGCACCUACAACAAGAUACCGUCGUUCACUGGACUGUCUGGUUACUCUGUACCUUCACCACGUCGGUCAUCAGCUUCCUUAUUGCUUGGGGUAUUCCCAUUUUCAACUAUCUACUCGCUCUCACAGGUAGCCUUACAUUCGCCCCGUUAGCUCUAGGCGUGCCUGGCUACCUCUGGGUAUACGACUAUCAGCACUAUCGCAAAGGAAGCUUCUGGCAGCAGACUGCCUAUUAUCUCAACCGGGUGAUGAUUGCGUUAGCAGUUUUCUUGACAGUUGGGGGUAUCUAAGGUGUUAUCCAGCAGAUUAUAGAUGCAUACGCUAGUAGAGAGAUUGCGGGUGCACUUUUGUGUGCCGAUAACAGCAACUCAUCUUAGAUCGAUGUACAGCUGUACUUUGACAACCUGGCUACGCUUUAACUUCCCGUGUAGACCUCAAUAAUUAGAUACUCAGUUCUUGAUUUAAAUAUCUUAUCAGUCCGAUGUCAGCCUAUUUGACCCUCUAUAUUAUCUUUAGUACCUCCAAUCAUAAGCAGCUCCCUUCUCAGCCCACGAGACUUAGCAUGCGAAUUCACAUGAACCAGUAUCUAUGGCCUUCAGGGUCCACCUAUAUAGUUAGCAAUUCUGAGACUGUCUUGCUGGGGCUACCGGGAUCUGAGAGUCAGACACGUGCAGCAUGGUAUCAUCAUACCAGUAAUAUAGUUUCCUCUGG